AUGGCCGACCCUGAACGCCCAGAGUCGACUGAGGUCCAGGGGAAAGCACCCACCCGGAGCUUAUGCGCGAAGCGACAGCUGUUGGCCGCAUUAACAACAACCGAUGUGACAAUUCGCCGACUGAAUCUACUACUCUCCGAGGCGAACGGACAAGAACGAGUACUAGCAACUGUCAACUAUGUCGCCUCAAUGCUUCACCACCUCACUGCAUCCGCACCCUGGAUAGCAUUACAAACAAGGCUGGGUCUCCUUGCACGACUGAAGGGUCGUGUACCCAAAAACGUCACUCCCGCAUCAUCAAACUCCAAAUUCAUGGCUCUUUCCUCCCUCGCAUCGGAGACGAGAUAUAACUUGCGCCUGUUUGGACUGCUCCCUCUGUGGAUCUGGGGAGCUGAAACUCUCAAAUCGCCCCCGGCCGACCCCAUUCUCCACGCUUUGACCGUCCUGCAGGUCAUUUCGAACGUUAUUUACCAACUUCUCGAGAACGUGGGCUACCUUGCUUCCAAGGGGGUUGUCUCGAAGCGCUUCGUGGACAAAUACGGAGGCGUGGCCAAAUGGGAACUCUGGAGCACUCGUGGAUGGUUCGGACACAUCUUCUUCCAGUUCUUCGUGCUCUGGCGUCAGAGUGUGCUGCGCAGACAGCGGUUGGCUGCGCAGCGAGCGGCUGCUGGCACGGUCGAAACUAAAGAGACCAAGGCUGAGGAUAGCGAGUCACUACGUUUGGAGGUCCGAGCUUGGCGAAAGAGCUUGGUGAACAAUGUCUUCUGGGCACCCUUGUGUCUGCACUGGUCUGUUGAGCAAGGCAUCGGUAUUCCCGCUAGCCUAACUGGACUUAUCAGCUUCUGUGCUGGAGCUUGGAGUCUCCAUGACUGUUGGGCUGGAACCGCAACUGUCAAGGCAUAA